UCAGUUCUGUUUUGUAUUUGCUGGACGAGAGACUAUAUCGCGCUGGGAUUUUUUUCGUUACGUUCGGCGUAUGCGACUUUCGCGAGGGUUUACACUACUUUUACGUAAAACCAACAACAAAAGAGGGCAGAAGUCACUGGAAUUAAUACCAUGGAUUAUUGUUCACACCAAAAAUCAAAGUGAAAACUGAAAAAAUUCUAUAAUAUAUGACAUAAAGCCAAAAGCAUUAAAAAAUUUGCAAAAAUAUUUAAUUGUGUAUGAAUACAAUAGUUAUAAAAUCGUAUAUUUUGCCCCCACUUUUUUGUGUGUAACAUUAUGUCACCCAAAUACUUUAUGAAUAACACCCAAUUUCUAUACAAUCAUCAGCAUUCAUUAGGCGGUGAUAAAAAGUGAUUGUGUCUAGUGUGGCGGCCAGUGUGCGGGCUAACUAAAGAUAGAAAUUGAAAAAAAAUAUUUUGAAUUCAAUAAAACAAAAUUCAUCAAAUAAAAAAAGGAUUGAUUUCAAUACAAAAGUUUGCAAAAUUAGUGUUAAACAAGUGUUAGUCACACUACGAAACCAAACGCUCAACAGAAACCCAUAAAAAUGCAAAUUUUAAUACAGCAAAUAUUUUAUUUUAAAAAAACCCAGCAAACCAGAAAUGUUUAUUAAAAAGCAGCAAUGUCACAACAACUACAACCAAAUACCAAAGUUCAAUAGAUAAAAUCUAACAAAGAAAGAAUAAAAAACAAAUUGCAAAAUAUUUGUUUGCAAAAAAAUACAUAUAUAAAAAAUCCAAAGAAAAAAAUAUUUUAAAUACAAAUACAACCACCUUCACUUUUGUUUGUUUUUUCAUAACUUCAGUGAAAAACAUUAGUUUUUUGUUUCACAAACUUUUUGUUUACCUACGUUCUACGUUAUAUCCACAUCAUCAUAAUGUUGGCCGUUAAGAAUUUCUUCUUACCUGAACGCACCAAAGCACCGGAUACGCCACAGCGCUUUUCCCGCAUGCCGGAAGCUUUUUUGCGCAGCAUACGUCGACGUUCGUUACGCGUUAAGCGCGCCAAAAGUCUAGUCGUCCCCGACCGGGAGAAAAGGAAAUCAGAUUCCUUUGUAAAUAGUCAAGAAUGGACGAUAUCACGUUCGGUGCCCGACUUACGUUUGGGCAUUGUGGGCUCCUUAAAUUCAGGCAAAUCGGCUUUGGUGCAUCGUUACCUAACCGGUUCCUAUAUGCAAGAAGAGUCACCUGAGGGUGGUCGUUUCAAGAAGGAGGUAUUCAUUGAUGGCCAAAGUUAUUUGUUAUUAAUACGUGAUGAAGGUGGAGCACCAGAAAUGCAGUUCGCUGCCUGGGUUGAUGCUGUCAUCUUCGUCUUUAGUUUAGAGAACGAGUCGAGUUUUAAUACUGUCUACAACUACUAUACCAAAAUGGCUCAUUUUCGUAAUGGCCAGGAGAUUCCCAUGAUCUUGGUGGGCACUCAGGAUGCAAUUAGCGAACGUAAUCCCCGGGUUAUUGACGAUUCAAGGGCUCGUAAAUUGGCCAAUGAUUUAAAACGAUGUUCAUACUACGAAACAUGUGCUACGUAUGGCUUAAAUGUUGAGAGAGUUUUUCAAGAUGCUUGUCAAAAAAUCCUUUCACAACGUCUGCCUCUCCCCGCUGCUGUUGUUACCUCAAGGCCCACCACACCUCAAGGCACACGCCUAGGCAUUGCCUCCUAUCAUCAUAAUAGCUCCAGUAAUGGCAGCGCCAAUGCUAAUGGUUUCUCCUCAACCAAUUCGUCCUCCAAUUCAAUGCAAAGUGGCGGCGGCAGUAGUGGUGCUAGCGGUGUCAGUGCCAGCGCAUCUAGUGGUGCUGGAAAUCUCACCCUACCCCAUAGGCAUCAUGCUCUCUCGAGCUCGACACAUCACAUACCAAUGCGCAUGAGUGCCGAUUUUGUGCACAGCGAGCAGCAGCACAGUUUGCCACCCGUAGGCAAUCCAUCUUCGACGGCGCAAAAACUGUGGCAACAACAGCAUCAGCAGCAGCAACAGGAUAGUCAACAUGUCCAAUUGAGAUCUCACCACAAUCGCGAUAGGGAAUAUGCUUUAACCAAUGAGAAUAACAAUAUUACCAAAUAUAAUGCCCAGGGCGGCGGUGUUACUGGUACGGCAGCAGAGCAAUUAGCUCCACUGUCGCUGGUGCCUUUACGAGAAAAAGACUCUAAUAUGGGUGGAGGCGGCAAAGAUUUACCCACACCCACCUCGACGCCAACGGCCAGUCGCAAAUCGCGCAGAAGAUCCAAUCUAUUCAUACCCUCCUCAUCGAAGAAGGGUGAGAAGGAUAUGAAGAAUGGUGAGCUGGGUAGUGGCCGCUCCAUACCCAUUAAGCAGGGUUAUCUGUACAAGAGAUCCAGUAAAUCACUAAACAAGGAAUGGAAAAAGAAAUACGUGACACUGUGUGAUGAUGGUCGUUUGACCUAUCACCCCUCAUUGCACGACUACAUGGACGAUGUUCACGGCAAGGAGAUUCCAUUGCAAUAUGUUACAGUUAAGGUGCCCGGACAGAAGCCUCGAGGAUCCAAAUCUAUAAUAACAAAUAGUGCUUUAACCACAUCCAUGCUCUCCACGAAUAAUGUUUUUGAGCCAUUGAAGGAAUCGGCGGUUAAGUCGAAUUCAUCGCAACAGACCAGCGGCGAUGAAGGCAUUGCCAUGUCCAAUUCCAAUUCACAAACUUUCCUCGCUGUUUCCGGCGAGAAUGCUCAACGUGAAUUGUUGGCCGUGAAUGCAUCUAACAAAUUGGAAGCCCAGACCCCCAAUGUCAAAAAACGUCAUAGACGUAUGAAAAGCAGUAGCGUCAAAUCCAAUGAAAUUGAUGAUUCUGAUGGCUAUGAGUUCUAUAUCGUGUCACUGGACUCUAAGCAAUGGCAUUUUGAGGCCGCCAACUCUGAAGAACGUGACGAAUGGGUGGCCGCCAUUGAACAGGAGAUCUUCAAGAGCUUACAAAGUAUUGAAAGUACGAAACUGAAGCCAGCCACAACUAGUGAACUGGCGUCCAUGGUGACAAUUCGUACUCGAGUACCGGGUAAUGGCUAUUGCGUUGACUGUGAUGCCCCAAAUCCUGAAUGGGCCAGUUUAAACUUGGGUGUCUUGAUGUGUAUUGAGUGCUCAGGGGUUCAUCGUCAAUUGGGUUCGCAUAUAUCUAAAGUCAGAUCUUUGGGUCUCGAUGAUUGGCCAGCUGGUCAUUUAAGUGUUAUGCUGGCCAUUGGCAAUAGUUUGGCCAAUUCGGUAUGGGAAGCAAACACACGUCAAAAAUCUAAACCAAAACCAAAUACUUCACGCGAAGAAAAGGAAGCAUGGAUAAGAAGUAAAUACGAAGCAAAAGAGUUUUUGCCACCACCAAAUACCAAUACCAAUGCUACACCUGGUCAGCAAUUAAUUGAAGCUGUGAUUAGAUCUGACAUGAAAUCUAUUGUAUUAAUUUUGGCCAAUGCCACUCCAGAGGUUACCAAUGCCAAUGUCAGUCCUAGAGAUGUUAGGACACCCUUAUUAUUGGCUUGUGCCAUAGGUAAUUUGGCCAUUUCCCAACUUUUAAUAUGGAAUGGAGCCAAUAUUAAGCACACCGAUCAUGAAGGCAGAACCUGCUUAGCUUAUGCCCGCGCAGCCCAAUCGCUGGCUACAGCCAAAUCCUUGAAAGCAGCAGCCGCCAAGUGCUCCACCAGCAACAAUUCAUCGAGUUUGGCCAGUAACACCUCCUCCUCGUCGUCAUCUACUUCGCAAAGCACCUCCACCAAUACCAAUUCGGCCUCUAAUUCAGUAAAUACUGGUGCUGCUGCCGCUUGUCAACCUUCUGCUUCUUCGGCGGCGGCGACGACAACGACAACGACAUCCACUGCCAAUGGUGGCAUACCAGCUCCCCACUAUAGUGUAGAGGAGACCACAUCAUUGGUAGAGCUUUUAACCGGUUUGGGUUGCCCCGAAUCGGCUCCCUUGACCGCAAGUGGCACCUUGCCAAGGCGAAGAGACACUUUGGGCACACCCUACGAAAAAACCGUAUCAGGGGUCAUAUAAAUAAAAAAUUCUUGGUUUUACGCUCAGGAUACACAAGAAUUUUCAACUUAGCAUGUUUAGGUUUUAUAGGAACACAUUAUUAUGGUAGUUUUUAACAGAAGAAACAAAAUCACGCUUAGCUUAAAAAUGCUAUAAAACAAACAAACCGGAAUUAAUUUUAAUUUUCUUUGUUAAGCUAAAAUAAAAACAAUUUAGUCCAUUUGGUAUAGCACUCUCUGUCUAUCUUUUUUGGUUCCUUUUGUUUGUGACAAAUCUCAUUUUAGUUAAAAUUUCAUGUGUUUUAUAUAUUUAAAAGUUUCUCACACUCUCAUCUUUUAUUUUGUUAACUUUUAUUGUAAUUACGUUUUAAUAUGAGUUAUAUAUUUAUAUGUGUAUUUUUAUUUCCUGUAACAAAUUUGUAAAGUAUUUCGCAUAUUUCUGAGUUUUGUUAAAGUUUGUUUUCCAUUUUUUAAGUUGAAAUUUGAAUGUUUUGUAAAAUGCUAAAUUUCUGCUAUUGUAAGUGUUUAGGUGUGUUUUAUUUUGUAAGUGUAGCACAGCGCUUCUCGUCGUCCCUUCCCCUAAGCCCUCUGUUAAUUGUUUUCCCCCCCUACAAGCCUCAUACUACCUCUCCCCGGGCUCGUUUUAGCAAAUCUCUCAUUUUUU